CACUCAGCCUUCCAUCCAUCCGUGGUCGGUAAAAUGAGUACCAGGCAUAUGCUGGGGGGUAAAGAAAGGCCGGGGACGGAACUGGCAAUCCCACCCCAUAUAUAAGGUCUGCCUAGUAAAUGUCACAAGACGUUGCCCUGAGAGUCAGAAACGACUCACACUACAAGUAUGGGGACACCUUUACCUAGGCUUAACAAAAACAUUUUUAGCAGGCGCCAAAAAUAGGACAGUGCGUGCUUAAUAUCAAUGGGCAGGGAGUUCCGAAACAGGUGCUUCCACACUGAAUAAUUCCUUGCAAGUGUGGAACAAACAUUAUGUGGCACUUAUAAACCUGCAUGAAUAUCAGAAGAGCCCUGCGGGAUCAGGUCAAAGGCCAAUCUAAUUCAGCAUCCUGUUCUCUCAUGAGCAACCGGAUGCCGCAAUGGGAAGCCUGCAAGUUGGGCAUAAGCGCAACAGCAGUCACCCCACUUGCAAUUCCCAAGCUAUGCAGAGGUAUACUGUCCCAUUACAUGGCUAUCAUGGCUAAUUUGAAUUUGUCUAGUCCUCCUUUAAAGACAUCCAAGUUGGUGGCCAUCACCACAUGAAAAUGCAAAGCAAAUAGUGACUGAGGUGGGAAUGCUGAUGUGCUGUGUUUCUUCUUACAAGUGGGUGGGGGUGUUUACAGAUGUGUGCCUCCCAGUCCAGAGAUUAGUGAAAGAUAAAACUCUGCCCCAGAUCGUCACCUUUUAUACUAGUCUGGUUGGUUUCCCUGUACCACUACAACUGCUAAUUAAGAUUGCAAAACUGGGGUGAUUAUAUUAUCUCCAAUUACUGCUGUCGCCAUUAUGCUGAUCUGAAGUUUCACCUGGGCUUCUUAGACAGUUUUCUUGCUGUUUCAUUGCCAUUUGUCCUACCACCUCCUUUUUCUACAUCCAUACAUCCUUACCUGUUCAUUUAGGGUAAGUUGGCAUCUUGCAGCUGAUGAAGUGAACUCUAAGGCCAGAAUACAUCUGUGAAGCCUUUUAAGGUUAUGGUUCCAAUAGCCUUCUCUCUACUGGGAGAAAGUGAAGCAGAGAGGUGGAGAGAUACUCCUAUAGCCCAAGGCUGCUCUUUGUGGGAGAAGAAUUAGCUGGGAUCGCAACCCUGCAUUUCUCGUUGCCAGCAUGUUGCGUUUGGCUGCUGCUUUUCUGCUCUUUGUGAUCUUCUGGCUGUUCCUGGAACUGCCAUGGAUCCAGGUGGUCCCAGCCCUCUUAAUAUUCUACCUGGGGUCUGGUGGAUGGGCUUUCCUUCGCAUCUUCAUCAAGACGGUCAGACGGGAUGUUGCGACUGGAUACAUUGUCCUCUUGACCCGGCUGAAGGUUUGGUGGUACGUGAAGCACAACUACACAAUCCCGAAACUCUUUCAGCAGACAGUGCGCAGACAUCCGGAAAAAACAGCCCUAAUUUCCCAGGGGACAGAUGAGAGCUGGACCUUCCAGGACCUGGAUGACUACUCCAACCAGGUGGCCAACCUCCUGUACGAAAGGGGCUUCCGCUCUGGGGAUGUGAUUGCCUUGUUCAUGGAAAGCCGCAACCAGUAUGUCGGUCUCUGGCUCGGCAUGGCCAAGAUUGGUGUGGAAGCUGCACUCCUGAACUCCCACGUGCGACAGGAGUCACUGCUGCACUGUGUCAACAUCUCUAAUUCGAAGGCUGUCGUGUUUGGAAGCGAGUUGGCUGAUGCCUUGCGGGAGGUCCAGCCUUCCCUUGGGAAGUCCAUUCGCCUCUUCUGUACUGGUGACUGGAAAGCUGAAGGUAUCCUGCCAGGCUCAGAGCAUCUGGAUCCUUUGAUUGAAAAAGCGUCUUGCCACCCACCCACUCCGCCAGACAAGGGUUUCCUAGAUAAAUUGUUCUACAUCUACACUUCAGGCACAACCGGGUUGCCCAAAGCUGCGAUUGUAGUCCAUUGCAGGUAUUUUCGGAUGGCGACCCUGGUGUUUAACGGUUUCCGCAUGAGGCACGACGAUGUGGUGUAUGACUGCCUCCCCUUAUACCACGCGGCAGGUAACAUUGUUGGGAUUGGCCAAUGCCUCCUGCAUGGGAUGACGGUGGUGAUCCGGAAGAAGUUCUCAGCUUCUCUCUUCUGGGAAGACUGCAUGAAGUACAAGUGUACGAUUGUACAAUACAUUGGGGAGAUAUGUCGGUAUCUUUUGAACCAGCCAUUCCAGGAGGUGGAAAGGAAACAUCAGGUCCGGAUGGCUUUGGGCAACGGCCUGCGGGCAUCCAUUUGGACGGAGUUCACUGAACGCUUCGGCAUCCCCCAGAUAGCUGAAUUUUAUGGUGCCACCGAGUGCAACUGCAGCGUGGGCAACUUUGACAACAAGUUGGGGGCUUGUGGCUUCAACAGCAGGAUCCUUCCCAACGUUUACCCCAUCAAUCUAGUUCGAGUGAAUGAGGAUACUAUGGAGUUGAUCCGGGGACCUGAUGGGCUCUGCAUACGGUGUAAACCAGGGGAGCCAGGUCAGUUGGUUGGGCGCAUUGUCCAAAGUGACCCUUUGCAGCGCUUUGAUGGCUACUUGAACAACGAGGCCAACACCAAGAAGGUGGCCCACGAUGUCUUCACAAAAGGCGACCAUGCCUAUCUCACAGGUGAUGUACUAAUCAUGGACGAGUUGGGCUACAUGUACUUCCGAGACCGCACAGGAGACACUUUCCGUUGGAAGGGCGAGAAUGUUUCCACGACGGAAGUGGAGGGGAUGCUCAGCCGUAUCCUCAACAUGACUGACGUUGUGGUAUACGGGGUGGAGGUGCCAGGAACCGAAGGGAAGGCUGGGAUGGCAGCUGUUGCGGAUCCAGACAACUCCUGCGACCUGGAGAGCUUUGCUGAGGAAAUGAGGAAGGCGCUGCCUGCCUAUGCACGGCCAGUUUUCCUGCGGCUGCUUUCAGAAGUACACAAGACGAGUACCUUCAAGUUCCAGAAAAUGGACCUGCGCAAGGAGGGAUACGAUCCCAACGUGGUGACGGACAGGCUUUAUUUCCUGGAGGCAAGGCAAUGCCGAUACCUUCCCUUGAAUGAGGAGGUUUUCAAGAGGAUCCAGGCAGGACAAAUGAAGCUGUAAAACAGCCCCUGCUCAUCUCGUGUGACUUCGGUCCCUCCUUCCAGGAUGGGGGUUGCGGGGGGCACUGGGGUUAGGACAGGAAAGGAGAUUUGACAACAGCAACAAAAAGGCACAGCACAUUCGUUUUUGUUUUUUGUUGGGAUUGAAUCAGGUUUUACAGAGGAUGAUGGCCAAUGGUAGCUUUCCCCAACCUGGUGCCCUCCAGAUGUUUUGGACUACUACUCUCAUUCGCCCCCCCCAACUAGCACGGCUGUUGUGGGAAAGGACGCCAUAUGGUUAGGGAGAUGUUUGCAUACCAAAGCAUAGAAAUGUUCCGUCUUUAUUUUCCACUUCGGUGAAAUGGUGACCGCCCUUGCACAGUAAGCCUGGUGUUUCCUAUCCCUGUAGGAUGAGCAUGCUCGGUCAGUUUGCCAAAAUUCAAAGGCUCUGCCCUCGGGCUUCCCUUCCCCCCCCCUUCCUUGCCAAUCAAGACCACACAAGGGCUGCACGGCUACGUCACGCCUCCAGGUGGCGCUGUGGCACUUCCUUUCCUUGCCAAUCAGGCAGCUAUGACUGAACUGGAUACUUUGAGUUAAACUUGGCAAAUUGUUUUUCAGGGUUCAACUUUGCCCCCCUCCUCUAACCUUGCCAAGAUUGUGAUUGUUGUUAUUUUCAUGGGGAGGGAUUAGCCCUAUCACUAAUUUGUGGAGUUGGGUGGGA